CUCGCAAGUCACAACAAUGGCUGACACUUGAGAAUACAGAGAAAGAAGAAGGUAAAGGCAGACAAACAUGGCAGAAACAAACCCAAGGCGACUAAAAGGUCACAAGGCCACUGCCACGUGCUGCAUCGCCUCACGUGAGAGGCCUGGCCUUGUCCUCACUACCGGCGAGGAUGGUCGUGUGUGCUGGUUUGAUAUGCGGUGCAAAGAUGUGGUGAACACCAUGGAAGUGGGGAGCGAAGCAAUCUCAUCCAUCUGUUUUAGCUCAGGAAAUGAAAACAUCAUUUAUGUUUCCUCGGGAAGGGAAGUCAAGAGCUUUGAUGUUCAUCUGGCCUCCUCAUGGACGCCGUUGGAGAGUUAUGAAUACAAUAAGGACGAGAUAAAUCAGAUUGCUUGCAACUUCAAGUCUUCUUUUCUUGCAGCUGCAGAUGACAGUGGUGAUGUCAAGAUCAUAGACAUUAGUCAGAAAUGUCUCUAUAAAACAUUGAGGGCUGGCCAUACAAGUAUCUGUAGCAGUGUGCAAUUUCUUCCAUGGAGACCCUGGGAAGUUAUUAGUGGAGGUCUUGAUUCUAAACUUGUGAUGUGGGACUUUUCCAAAGGGCGGCCCUACAAAAUUGUGGAUUUUAGUCUACAUGAUGGAAGCAAUGGUGGUAGUGGAGGCCAAUGCUUCAAUCCUGCUUUUAUUCAUGCUAUAGCAGUACCAGAUAUUGAUAUGUUAAACAAAACCGAAAAGAUUUGUGUUGUUGCAAGGGGUGAUGGAGCUGUAGAUGUCAUUAACAUUGAAACAGAACUUGCUGUUAUCAAGUCAAAAUCUUCCAAAACAUCCCAAAAAGGAUCUCAAUCUAGAUCUACAAACAGAAGCUUGAAAAAUGUAGAGAACACAGAACAAAAUGGAAGACCACGGCUGCAUUUGGAUUACUCCCUGGGAGGUCAUACUUCUGCAGUGUCUUGUGUGUCAUUUUCUCUAUUUGGUGAGAAAGGAAAAUUCCUUAUUUCAGGUGGAAAUGAUAAGUCAAUUAAAGUUUGGGACUGGUCUAGAUAUUUUGAUGCAGAGCAAACUAGUAGUGGCAGUGAUAUUUUACAGUCCACCAUCAGCCUAAGCAAAAAAGUAAAUUGGCUCUGCACCACUCCAACUGAAUCAGAAAACCUCAUCGUAUGUGACACAUCCAAAGUGGUAAAGGUCUAUUCUGUUUCCGUGCAGAAGUCUGAGAUUCUUGAUCUGUUUUUUUCUAUUAGAAAAAGAAUAAAGUAUAUACUGAAAUUGAAGCUUCUUAUAGAGAUGAGCCCUGAAAUCAAAAUGAUGCAAUCUGGGAUUCCUGUGUGUAACACUUGUGGUGGACAGGUUGGGUUUGACGCCAAUGGUGAAGUGUUUGUGGCUUGUCAUGAGUGUAAUUUCCCCUUGUGCAAGGAUUGUCUCAGUUAUGAGAUCAAAGAGGGCCGCAAAGCCUGCUUGCGAUGUGCCACUCCCUAUGCUGAGGAUUCACCAGCUGAUGAAGAAACACAAGUGUCUGGAAACCGACCCACCAUGGCAUCUCACCAAGAAGAACCAAAGGAUGUUGGACUUCAUGCAAGACAUAUCAGCAGUGUGUCCACAGUGGAUAGUGAGAUGAAUGACGAAUUCGGAAACCCAAUUUGGAAGAACAGAGUAGAAAGCUGGAAGGAUAAGAAGAGCAAGAAGAAAAAGAGUGCAACUAAGGCUGAAAAAGAGGAGAUUCAAGUUCCACCUGAGCAGCAGAUGGAAGAACAGCAGCAACUGCCUCCAGAUGCUCCUCAAGCGCUGUCAACUAUCGUUCCAGUCGAAUCUAGUAAACUUACACCUUACAGGGUUGUGAUAAUCAUGCGGUUGAUCAUCUUAAUUCUCUUUUUCCAUUAUCGAGUAACACAUCCUGUUGAUAGUGCCUAUGGUCUAUGGAUGACAUCUGUUAUAUGCGAGAUAUGGUUUGCUGUUUCCUGGGUUUUGGAUCAGUUUCCUAAAUGGUCUCCAAUUAACCGGGAGACCUAUAUCGAUAGGCUAUCUGCAAGGUAUGAAAGAGAGGGUGAACCAUCUGAGCUUGCUGCUGUUGAUUUUUUCGUGAGUACUGUCGAUCCACUGAAAGAACCACCGCUGAUCACAGCCAACACUGUCCUUUCCAUCCUGGCUGUUGACUAUCCUGUUGAUAAGGUUUCCUGUUAUGUGUCUGAUGAUGGUGCAGCCAUGCUCACCUUUGAAUCUCUUGCUGAAACAGCUGACUUUGCAAGGAAAUGGGUUCCCUUCUGCAAGAAAUUUUCAAUAGAACCUCGAGCUCCCGAGUUUUACUUCUCUCAGAAGAUUGAUUACUUGAAAGAUAAAGUGCAGCCUUCUUUUGUAAAGGAACGCCGCGCUAUGAAAAGAGAUUACGAAGAGUACAAAGUGAGGAUUAAUGCCUUAGUAGCAAAAGCUCAAAAAACACCAGAGGACGGCUGGACCAUGCAAGAUGGAACGCCUUGGCCUGGGAAUAACUCACGUGAUCACCCCGGCAUGAUUCAGGUGUUUCUUGGCAAUACUGGUGCCCAAGACAUUGAGGGAAAUGAACUCCCUAGGCUAGUUUAUGUCUCCAGAGAAAAGAGACCCGGCUAUCAACACCACAAGAAAGCUGGUGCUGAAAAUGCUUUGGUUCGAGUCUCGGCAGUUCUGACUAAUGCUCCAUAUAUUCUCAACCUUGAUUGUGAUCACUAUGUUAACAAUAGUAAGGCUGUUCGCGAGGCCAUGUGUUUCAUGAUGGACCCUGAGGUUGGCCCAGGUGUGUGCUUUGUGCAGUUCCCUCAGAGGUUUGAUGGUAUUGAUCGCAGUGAUCGAUAUGCCAAUCGAAACACAGUCUUUUUUGACGUUAACAUGAAAGGUCUAGAUGGUAUUCAAGGACCAGUGUAUGUGGGAACCGGUUGUUGUUUCAAUAGGCAAGCACUUUAUGGCUACAGUCCUUCUUCCAUUCCAACCCUACCAAAACCUUCCUCAUCAUGCUCGUGGUGUGGAUGCUGCUCUUGUUGCUGCCCAACAAAGAAGCCCUCAAAGAGUUUUUCAGAGGCUUAUCGAGAUGCAAAACGCGAUGAGCUUGAUGCAGCCAUUUUUAACCUCAAGGAAAUUGAUAACUAUGAUGAGCAAGAGAGGUCAAUGCUGAUAUCCCAGAUGAGCUUUGAGAAAACCUUUGGCUUAUCAUCUGUAUUCAUCGAAUCUACACUGAUGGAGAAUGGAGGAGUCCCCGAUUCUGUCAACCCUUCGACAUUAAUCAAGGAGGCAAUUCAUGUCAUUAGCUGUGGCUAUGAAGAGAAAACAGAAUGGGGAAGAGAAAUUGGUUGGAUAUACGGGUCGAUUACAGAGGAUAUCCUAACAGGUUUCAAGAUGCAGUGCCGUGGAUGGAGAUCAAUCUACUGCAUGCCCACAAGGCCAGCAUUCAAAGGGUCUGCGCCAAUCAACUUGUCUGAUCGGCUGCACCAAGUUCUCCGCUGGGCCCUUGGAUCAGUGGAGAUUUUCUUUAGCAGACAUUGUCCCCUUUGGUAUGGUUUUGCAGGGGGUCGUCUCAGGUUGCUCCAACGUUUCGCUUACAUUAACACCAUUGUCUACCCCUUCACAUCCUUCCCUCUCGUUGCUUAUUGCUUAAUCCCAGCCAUUUGCCUUCUCACUGGAAAAUUCAUCAUACCAACGCUCUCAAACCUGGCAAGUCUUCUCUUCCUCUGCCUCUUCUUCUCCAUCAUCUGCACCAGCGUACUCGAACUCCGAUGGAGCGGCGUAACCAUCGAAGAGCUGUGGAGAAACGAGCAAUUUUGGGUCAUCGGAGGUGUCUCAGCUCAUCUCUUCGCCGUCUUCCAAGGCUUCCUUAAAAUGCUGGCCGGUCUGGACACCAACUUCACAGUCACAACCAAAUCCGCCGACGACUCGGAGUUCGGAGAGCUCUACAUCAUCAAGUGGACGACCCUUUUGAUCCCUCCGACGACACUCCUCAUUGUCAACUUAGUUGGUGUCGUUGCGGGAUUUUCUGACGCCUUGAACAAAGGAUACGAGGCUUGGGGACCACUUUUCGGCAAGGUUUUCUUCGCCUUUUGGGUGAUUCUUCAUCUCUAUCCAUUCCUCAAGGGCCUCAUGGGACGCCAGAACAGGACACCAACCAUUGUUGUGCUGUGGUCUGUGCUUUUGGCCUCUGUUUUCUCUCUUGUUUGGGUCAAGAUUAACCCUUUUGUCAGCAAAGUCGAUGGUACCACUGUUGCCCAGAGUUGCAUUUCUAUAGAUUGUUGAUUGGAAAUGGCAAUGGCAAUGAGAAUCAUCAACAUUUCCUUUUUGGGUCAAUUAGCAUAGAAGAAUUUGAGAUGAUUCAAUCUCUUUUGUAUUGGUUUUGGAACUAUGAUUAAUUUGUAAAAGCUGUAAGAGAUGAUCCAUGUGAGAAAUAUCAAUGUAAAAAUGAUGGUUUCGGUUCUUUUUA